AGCGUUUCAGUUGUGUGUGUGAGCGUAUAUUUUUUACUUGUAUGUAUGAGAGCGUUUCAGUUGUGUGUGUAAAAGCAUUUCACUUGUAUGUGUGUGAGCAUUUCAUUAUAGUAUGUGAAUGAAUUUGGUUUCAUAUGUGUAUGUGAGAGGAAAAGUACAUGUAUAUGCAUGGCAUUUCUGAAUAAUGUCCCUAGGGGCACCUCAUACGUUCGAGCUUCCCUUUGCCACAGCGGUGAAAAUGAGCGGUGAACAACAGGUGGUUCGCAUAAUGAUGGAGCGGCUUCGAUCUCGACUUGAGCACAUUCUCAAUCGGCAACCUCUGGACCUAGACUAUUUACAGUUCAUAUGCACACAGGAGAUGGUGUUGUUCAGUGCAUUUUCUAAUCAGAUUUAUCUUCCUGAGAGUAUUGUGAAUGGUCUAGCAGAACUGUACAGAUUAGUAACUGAGGAAAAAUCAAAUCAAGUCGUGGAAGUGUUCAUUCAAGUCACUCAUGGAGCAGCUGGACGUCCACGCUUUGAUGUGUCGCAUGAUUACCUGCUGCAUCUACUCCAUCAAGGUCUCACUGUGUCAUGCAUUGCCAGUGUUCUCGGAGUGUCUAGGCGGACAGUGUACAGACGAAUGGCAGAUUUAAACAUCACUGUUCGAGGUCUUUACAGCACUUUAUCAGACGCAGAACUUGAUAACCUUGUUGGUGAAAUCAAAGAAAGCAUGCCACAUGCAGGUUAUCGGCUUGUUAAGGGGAGUUUGCAAGCCAGAGGUCAUAGGGUUCAGUGGGAGAGAGUUAAGGCCUCAAUGCAUCGUGUUGACACCAUGGGUAUCCUUUCCCGUUUGAACAUGCUAGGGUGUGUUGUGCGGCGCAAAUACUCCGUUCCUGGACCAAAAGCACUUGUACACAUCGAUACCAACCACAAACUGAUCCGGUACAAUAUAGUCAUCUUUGGUGGCAUUGAUGGAUUUUCCAGAAAGAUCAUGUACCUAGGUGCCGCAAAUAACAAUCUGUCAUCUACAGCCUUGGCUUUCUUCCAGCAGUCCAUUGAACAUUAUGGAUUUCCACUGAGAGUAAGAGGUGACCAUGGCGUAGAGAAUGUCGACAUAGCACGUCUGAUGUUCACCGUACGGGGCACAGGAAGGUCCAGCUUUAUUGCUGGAAAGAGCGUCCACAAUCAGAGGCAGGAACUGUCCCUUCAACACCUUGACUGGGAAGAUUGUGGCCUGCCUUAUGAUUCACUACAUGGAGUCAUUGUUCCCACGGCUGACAGCCUGUUGACCCCAGAAGAGCUAGCAGGACUUCAAGCAGCCAUUGAUCCCAUGGGACCCUCAACAUCAUAUGGCAGAGAUAUCUAUCUGGCAACCACUCACUACAUACAGCACAUACUGGGCAAACACUGAAGAACUGUUUUAUUGUUUUUCUUUUCAACCUUUUGUCCAUGUUGAAUUUUAAGUAAACAAAAAGACUUACUGUAUGUAAAAAUACAAAAACUACAGUUAUGUCAUUAACAGGUUUAUAACAUAUCACUGCAUAAACAGUGAAGAACAGUUUGGUAAUUAUUUUCAACCUCUGUAGUGCUUUUAUUUUUUCAAAUAAAUCAAGUAAAAAAAAGUGUCUGUGACUGCACAUGUUAAAAAAAAAAAAAAAAAAAAACUGAAAUUAAUAACUAUAUAAACAAUUCCACCACACUAUCCAUGAACAUGGUUCGAUAGAAUCAAUGGAUAUAGAUGGUUAAUAGAACAAGAAAUAGACCUAAACUGUUAAAGAACUGUUGCACCACUAUUACACCAGCCCAAAUCCUGUAUUGACUGUAUUUAUGCAUGCAAGUAAUUCUUUCUUGAAUGCUGUGUAAUCAGUGUAUCGGGAUGGAAGACGUAGGGUCUCAAAACAUGUGGAUGCCUUGGGGAGGUUAACUCCGGAUACCUCCAGUUUGAGGGAAGUAGUGGGAACCUCCCAACCGACCCAGAAUUUGACAAGGGCCUUCAGCUCAUGACUGGAGGCUGUGAAUAUAUUAGUGACAAUUUAAAAAAAUAAACAUAUCCAAAUGUUUCUAUUUAUUUC